AUGGACCUGUCGGGCGCCGCAUCGACCGACGACGACGAGCAAGAAGCCCUCCACAUCGACCUCCUCACCGCCCUGCCCACCACCCUCCGCUCCCUCAAUCUCUCGCACUCCUCCAUCCCUCCCCGCGGACUGGAUGUGCUGCCGACGAGCCUCACCGCGCUCGACCUGAGCCACUCGGAUGUUAUGCCCAAGAACCUGCAGGCGCUGGGCCGACUCACCGCGCUGCAGAGGCUGAACCUCGCUUCUACGGCCAUCACUGUAUCUUCGCUUCAGCAUAUCCCCGACGGAGUGGAGGACAUCGACUUGUCUCACUGCACCAAGCUCAUCUUUGAGAAAGGCAACCUCUCCUACAAAUUCGAGUUCAACUGCAUGACCGCGAAAUGGCCCGCGGCGCUUACCACCCUCAAGCUCGCUGGCGUGGAAACCUCUCCCGCCGCUCUCUUCAAUCUCCCUCCAACGGUGACUGACCUCGAUCUGUCGGGCUCCUCGUUCUGCAUACCCAACGUGGACUUCACUCGCCAGCUGCCUCGCCUCAAGACCCUCCUCCUGGAGAACUGCAAACUCAACUACACCGACGAGGAGCUCUGGGCUCUCCCCGAGGGCCUGGAACAGCUGUCUCUCAAGGGCUCCUCAGCCAACACACGACACGUCCGCUACCUCCCGCGCACCCUAACCUCACUCAACCUGGCCAACACUCUCCUCACCAAUUACAGUUCGCUGUACGAGCGGGACAAGGUGUUCUACUUCUUCAACACGCUCCACAUGCGGCUGCCCCGGCUCGAGUCGCUCGAUGUGCGGUGCGGGUACCCCUACGGCACCCACAAGUACGCCCAGUUGCUUCGCGAAAAGGUGCCCUCGGUCCUCAUCGACGACGCUCCCCAGCAGCACUACCAAUCUUCGUCUGAGUCAGUACCAUGGGUAAAGCCGCCCCUUCUUCGCAAGCAUUGA